AUGCUGUGGCCUACCGUUGGGUACGACAGCCCAUUAAAUGAGCAUGAAUUAAAAGGCGUUCCAAAAUUAGAGGAAUUUAGAACGUUUUUCCUUCGACAACAUGGCAUUGCCAUAAACGAUAAACUAAGUUGUGAUAAUUUAACAAUUGUAUUUCUGUGGCGACGAGAUUAUGUAGCACAUCCAAGAAACCCAUCUGGAACCGUAUCGAGAAAAAUAAAGAAUGAAGAAGAAGUGGUGGCAGCCGCGAAACAACAUUUAAGGGAACACUCGAUAUUGGAUAUUCAAAUUGAUCUAUUGGCUAUGAGAGAUCAGUUGAAGAUGGUAUCACACACAGAUAUCCUGAUUGGAAUGCAUGGCGCAGGUCUUUCCCACACCCUAUUUUUACCUCGACACGCAGGGCUAAUAGAGUUAUACCCCACCUACUGGUCAACAGCUAAUGUGCAUUUUAAGGGUAUGGCGCGAUGGCGCGGCCUGUACUACCGAAGUUGGCAAAACAGUGACAUAACUAAAGAACUGAACGAUAAGUACACAGUCGUUAAUGUUAACAGUGUCAUAUCUUUAUUAAGUAGCAUGGUGCAUGAGAUAUGUACAUCUUAGUUGAACACAAGCUUAAGGGUUCUUCUUUUAGUUAAUAGAGAUAUAAUAUAUAAAUUUCUAACAAAUAAAAGAAGAACCAUUUAAAUUGUGUUCAACCUAACUCGUAUUCGAAAGUUUACAAAAGUUGAUAUUAAAGCGAAACUUAUAGCUUAUUGUGCAAAACAUUCAUGGUCUAAGCACGUAUAAAAUAGACAACGUAUUGUUUAUUGUCUACUGCUAUGGUUAUUCUUUUUUUCAUUGUGAUGUGACAAAGUUUACCGUCUUCCGAUUUGUAUCCUUACAUGUAUACACAUUAACAGCUCUUCAAUAAGUUGUGGCCUGCGUUGAUUUUAUAAAAAUGAGAUAAAACACUCAUUUUCCACUUUAAUGAAUCUGAUUUUGGGUGGUUUAUACACCGUUAUCAUGUUUUUGGCAUCAGCAAAUUUCCUUAAAGG